AUGCUUCGCGAGACUUGUGGUCAACUGGGCAGGCUCCGGCCGCCGCCGGGUUGGUUGGAGUGCUCGCGCCCGCCCCCAUUGAAAGAAGUUAAAGAUGCAAGAAAACGGAAGACAGGAGUAGCAACCCCCGUCUUUCGAGCUUCCACUACUGCUCCUGUUAACAUCGCCGUCAUUAAGUACUGGGGUAAACGCGAUGCCACCCUGAAUCUGCCCACCAACUCUUCUCUAUCUGUCACCUUGUCCCAGCGCUCUCUCCGCACCCUCACCACCGCUUCUUGCUCGGCCGCCUACCCCGCCGUUGACGAGCUCACCCUCAAUGGCAACCCACAGGACAUCCAGUCCUCCAAGCGCACAUUGGCAUGUCUCGCGAACCUAAGAGCUCUGCGCCAGGAGAUCGAGAAGGCAGACUCCUCGCUACCCAAGCUGUCUGCCCUGCCCCUGCGUAUUGUGUCCGAGAACAACUUCCCUACCGCCGCUGGUCUCGCUAGCUCCGCUGCCGGGUUUGCUGCCCUCGUCCGUGCCGUGGCUGACCUCUAUCAGCUGCCCCAGUCCCCAACAGACUUGAGCCGGAUUGCUCGUCAGGGCUCCGGCUCCGCUUGUCGAUCCCUGAUGGGCGGAUACGUCGCCUGGCGCGCCGGGGAACUCGCAGACGGCAGCGACAGUCUGGCGGAGGAAGUUGCCCCCCAGUCUCACUGGCCCGAGAUGCGCGCUCUCAUCCUCGUAGUCAGCGCGGAAAAGAAGGAUGUCCCCAGUACAACUGGAAUGCAGACCACUGUUGCGACAUCGGAACUCUUCUCUACACGGGCAAACGCCAUUGUUCCCGCGCGAAUGACUGCUAUUGAAACCGCAAUUCAAAAUCGCGACUUCCCUACCUUUGCAGAAAUCACUAUGCGUGACUCCAACGGUUUCCACGCUACCUGCUUGGACUCUUGGCCUCCUAUCUUCUACAUGAACGAUGUCUCCCGGGCCGCUGUCCGCCUGGUCCACGAUAUCAACAACUUGGCUGGUCGAACGGUCUGCGCUUACACGUUCGACGCCGGCCCGAACGCUGUCAUUUACUACCUUGAAAAGGAUUCGAGCCUUGUUGCGGGCACAUUCAAGGCUAUCCUGGGUACCGCUCUUGAGGGUUGGUCUGGACCCUUCUAUGAGCCUGUGAAGAACAUCACCGAUUCUGGUGUGCCGUUGGAUCAGGUUGACUCCAGGGCUGUAGAUGUGCUCAAGAGUGGUCUCAGCCGUGUGAUCCUGACUGCUGUUGGUGAGGGACCUGUCAGCGUCCAGUCGCAUCUUGUUGGUGAGAAGGGCGAAAUUCUCUCUUCCUCUUAA